AUGAUUGGAAUGUUCGUGGCCACAGUACCCUAUCGAGUUCAGCUAGAUCCAAAUGGCUCAUUCGAACAACUGGUUGAACAAGUGCGAGAUCGAUGUCUGUCGAUACUCGAGCACUCACACUAUCCUCUUCAACACAUCAUCGGUAGUCAUCAUGCACCGGCAUUUCUUGAGACUAUGUUCGAUUAUAUCACGAUUGAGUGGAAUGUUGAACAAGUAAACCUUGGCGGUACAAUGCUCGAGUCAGUGUCACUACAGCAAUCAGAUUCAGUGGCUAUGUUUGACUUGAUGCUGACACUUGUUCAGCGUUCGGCGACAGAAAUUUCUUGCUCUUUCAUUUGCUCGAAGGAUAUAUUUUCCGAGACAACGGUGACGAAUUUCAGCGCACGAUUCGGACACAUGCUCAAACAAGUAUUUCUUGAAGAAAAGUUUCGUUGUGAGAAGACAUCAAUUAAGGAGCUAUCUUUACUUUUACCAAAUGAGAUUGGUGAAAUACAACUGACCACUUUCAAUCGAGUAGCACACGUUAAUGAAGGACCAGCUUCAUUCGCUCAAGCUCGCAUAUGGCUUGAUGAACGUGUCAGGUUUGAUUGUGAUCAGCCUCAAGUAGCUAUCUAUAACAUGCCUUUUCUUUAUCGCAUCGAAACUGGCACAUUGUCUAUCACAAGAUUACGCCACGCGUUACAACUGGUCAUCAUGAAGCACCAUGUACUACGCACUGCGCUCUUCUUCGACGCUGACAAGCAAGAACUUGUUCAACGUAUUGUUCAACCUCAACACAAUGAACAACUCUUCACAUUCGUUGACUCGACAAUCGAAACAGAUGACAAUUUGCUGACGAUCAUGCAUGAUGAACGAGGCAACUCCUCCCAUUUUGACCUUGCCAAAGGUCUUGUCUCUCGAUUACAUGUCGUACGACGAAACUCGACUAGCAACGAUCUUGACGAAGGCGAUGUCAUCAUUUUCAACUUCCAUCAUGCGAUGUUCGACUUUCCUUCGAUGCCUAUGUUUCAUCGUGAUCUCGAACAAGCAUAUCUAAUGGGUGAACUGCAGCUGGACGACGACAAUCAACUGCGCUAUCUCGACUGUGAGUAUGGACACCUUCUUCUUCUUCUUCUUUUUGUUCUCACUCACUCACUCACUAUGUUUCAUUAUGUGCGUUUAGAUGCCAUCGCCGAGCGACAAAUGCCUAUGUCGAUGGCUCAAGACUUCUGGCUCGAAACACUGCGCGAUUAUGAGUUCGAUCGACCCAUUCCAUUACCUUUCGAUCGACAUCGUCUGUCGGAUGAACAGCGCACAGGUCGUGGUAUAUCGGUGUCAUUCGAAUUCGGUCCGGAUCUUUCACACGCUAUUUUGGCACACGCGGCGAAGAGCGGCACAACACCCGAAUACUUGUUACUCGCCUGCUACUAUGCCUUCUUAUUCAAGUUAACCAACGGAGAGCAAGAUCUCUGUGUUGGAAUGAACAUUAACGGAAGAUACAAAGAUGAGUUGCAUUCAAUUAUUGGAAUGUUCGUUAAUGCAAUUCCGUUGCAUCUUCGUCAUUUGGAUCCAUGUGCCACCUUCACUUGUCUUGCUGAGCAAGUACGUGCGAUGGCAAAAAACGCAAUGGAGAUGUCAUACUUCCCUCUACAACGUAUCCUUGCGCUGCAUUCCAACAAUGCGGCGUCACCUCUCUUUCUCGACACCUCAUUUGAAUACCAAGCAACGGAUAUGGCAAGUACCGAUCAAGAACAAGUACUUAUGGGAGAAACAGUAUUAACCGCUUUGCCGUAUUCGGUACAAAUUGGAACCGACGAGAUCGCGAGCAAAUUUGACUUUUCACUCAGAUUUCAUCAUGAUAAGAACAACGAUAGGCUUGCCUGUACAAUCAACGCAUCCCUCGAUCUAUUCGAGAAAAAGACCGUGCAUAAAAUAGCACGACGUUUUGAAGUCAUGCUGCAACAACUGUUCUUGCUUCCUACGUUUGAUAUUAACCGUCAACCAAUUUACGAGUUGUCAUUGCUACUACCCGAUGAACUGCCACUCAUUCAUUCAAUUAAAAACGAUACAAGCCAAAUUCCUUUCCAAUCUUUCAAUCGUCUUCCUGAAGAGUUUGCUCACCAGGCAUACAUCUAUUCACAAAAGAUCGCCCUCUGCUUGGAUGAACAAUCAUUGACAUACGCCGAACUACUUGCCAAAGUUUUUCAACUAGUAGAUUAUCUUGACAAACGAAAAUAUCACAGUGAAAUCAUAUGUCAAUGUGUAGAGCGUAGUAUUGAAAUGGUCAUUGGUCAACUGGCAAUUAUUGCAUCAGGCGCAGGUUACUGUUCGUUAUCACCUGAUGAUUCUCCCGAGCGUCUAGCGGCGCUCGUCGCGCAAACAAAUUCACAGGUCGUUCUCGUUCAUUCAGCAACUGCAGAUCGUUUUAGUCAUGAUCAACGUGCAAUCGAUAUUAACAGCUGUCUUGCGGUUGACGACGAAAGCAAUAAUAUGACAGAUAAGAAUAUCAAUCGUCUCGAAUGGACCUUUCCUGUCAAUGAUAUAAUCUAUAUCGUAUUCACAAGUGGUUCAACUGGAAUACCGAAAGCUGUUCAAAUUACACAUCGAAGUUUUUCUCAUUGUAUCUCUUGCUUCCAACAUCUUGGAAUUCUUACUCAUCAGGACAAUGUCGUUCAAUUGGCACAGUGUACAUUUGAUGCCCACUUACUAGAAUGUCUGGGUACGAUAAUGUUAGGUGGUACUGUUGUCCUCCUACGCCCUCAUGGCCAUAUGGAUUUCCAUUAUUUGUCAGCUGCUGUACAACAGCAUCAAGUUACCUCUAUCAACGUUGUUCCAUCGUUUAUGACCACUUUCUUCGACUAUCUCACAGAAACAAACCGGCUUAUCCGUCUCUCCAACGUUCAAUCACUUGGUUUUUUCGGCGAGGCCAUCAAUUGUGCAAUCUUAGCUAAAAUGGACAAACAUUUUGGUCGAAGCAAGAUCAGAUUCUACAAUCUAUAUGGUCCGGCUGAGUGCACCCUUGGCGCGAUCUAUCAUCGUGUGAGUGGCAUGGAUAUUGAUUGUGGUACGAUUCCCAUCGGUAUGCCAUUCCCUGGCAUGCAAGCACAUAUUCUUGAUCAAUAUUACCAACCAGUUUUUGUUGGCCAAGUCGGCGAAUUAUUCCUAGAUGGUGUGCAGCACUUUGUGGGUUACUAUAAUCAAGACUAUCUCACUGAACAAACUCGGUAUGGAUCAUUAUAUCGCACGGGCGAUCUAGUACGGCAAGACUCCAUGAGUGGUAAAUUAUACUAUGAGGGCCGACGAGAUUUUCAAAUUAAAUUACGCGGACAACGUAUUGAACUAGGAGAAAUAGAAAGGUGUCUCCUUGAGUGUGUCCCUGCUUGUGCUGUCAUUAAAUGUGAUGAGCAGCUUGUGGCUUAUGUACAAGGAAAAGAUAUUCAUCCAGAGCAUCUCCGAAGCCACUGUAAGUCUCGUCUACCUCUGUUUAUGAUUCCAUCGAAUUUUAUCAUCAUGGAUCAUUUUCCACUGAACACAAAUGGAAAACUAGAUCGUCGAGCUUUGUCCAAAAUCGUGGAGUUGCCAUUGACAGUCAACGUUAUUCACAUGGCACCGAACAACGAACUGGAACUGAUUGUGCAUAGGCUUUGGUGUCAAGUGCUUAACUGCGAUGGCCCCAUAUCAAUAAAAGCUAAUUUCUUCUCUCUGGGCGGUCAUUCGAUGCUUCUGAUGCAACUCUAUCAUCGAUAUCAAACUUCGUUUGAGUUUGACAGUAAAACAACGCCCAUUAUGUCAUUUUUUCGACAGUCAUCUAUCGCUGAACAUGCAACCAUUCUUGACAAAGCAAUCCAUAUCACCAAUAAAAACGAUCUGACAUCAUGGAAAUCCUUACAUUUGAUUCAAGGGCUAGCAUCAUUUGCUCAGGAGCGCAUUCAUCUAGAUCAACAAAUGCGAUUCCACGAUGUGAAACAUGAUCAACACUCUGUGGCCCCGUACAACGAAUUAACAGUACUGAAGCUUACGACUGGUACAGUCUCCCUCUUACGCCUUCAACGAGCAGUACGAUGCGUCAUGGCAAAACACCAGAUACUAAGAACAUCACUCGAUUUUGCUCCGGAUAGAGAUAUGCUGGUACAGAGAGUGACGAAACGGCAUCAGACAUUUGAUUUUGCGCCCCAGCAGAUAUUCAAAGAUGAUAAUCAUCUCAAAGUUCUUCUUUCUCAAAUUAUUCGCAACGUAAACCUCUUUGAUUUAUCAAACGGCCUCGUCUUCCACUGCCAACCGUUCCGACAUUACUUAUCUAAAAGUAAUUCCAACAGCGACCUACUACUUCAAAACGACCUUAUCCUCAUUGCUAUUCAUCAUAUAGCGAUCGACAGAACUUCUCUUCAAAUAUUCCUCAAAGACCUAAGCGACGCUUAUAACCGCGAUACACCAUUAACAAUCGAUACCGACGCUUUACAAUAUAUUGACUACGCGACACACGAACGACAGUUAGACAUGUCGGCAUCGGGUGACUUCUGGCGUGCACAACUCGAUGGAUACGAUCUGGAACGUGGCUUGGUACUACCAGUCGAUCGACAUCGGCUGUCCGACAAUGAACGAUCUGGUCGAGCAUGGGUGGGUCAGUUCUCUUUCGACGAUGAUCUCUCUCGCUCGUUUCUAUCGUUUGCUUGUUCACACAAUGUCACACUCUUCCAGCUCGGCCUGGCCACUUUCUAUGCAUACUUGUUCAAGCUGAGUGGUGGUCAACAAGAUCUGUGCAUCGGUUCGAUCAAUGCCAACCGAUACAGAGUAGAACUGCGAGACAUGAUUGGAAUGUUCGUGGCCACACUACCCUAUCGAGUUCAACUAGAUCCAAAUGGCUCAUUCCAACAACUAGUUGAACAAGUGCGAGAUCGAUGUCUGUCGUUACUUGAGCACUCACAUUAUCCUCUUCAACAUAUCAUCGGUAGUCAUCAUGCACCGGCGUUUCUUGAGACCAUGUUCGACUGUAUCACGAUUGAAUCGGACGUUGAACAAAUAAGCCUUGAUGGUGCAGUCGUGGAGCCCGUACCAUUAGAACAAUCAGAUUCUAUCGCGAAGUUUGACAUGAUGGUCACCUUUGUUCACAAUCAAACAACCGGAAUCUCAUGCUCUCUCGUCUGCUCACAAGAUCUGUUCGACCAUGCCACCGUACAGUUAAUGGCCGAUCGAUUCUCAUGUCUUCUGCAUCACCUGUUCAACUCUGCUCUCUUCUCUAUUGAGAAACAACCUCUUCAUCAAUUGUCGCUCAUUCUUCCACAUGAACAACUGCUCAUUGAUGCCAUGAAAAACAACGAUAGUCACCGACCACCGUCAACAGAUCAAACCAUUUCUCAGCUGUUUUGCGAGAAAGCAUCAAGCUAUUCACAAAAAGUGGCUGUUGAUCUGGAUGAACAGUGCAUCACAUAUAGUGAACUGUUAGUCUACACUCAACAGUUGGCUGUUGUUCUCAUAGACACACAUGGUGUGAAGGAGGGUGAUAUUGUGUGUCAGUGUGUCGAGCGAAGUUUAUCCAUGGUCAUUGGCAUCAUGGCGAUCGAGAUGGUCGGUGCAGUAUAUUGUCCGCUGUCACCUCAAGAUCCUCUUCACCGUCUGCACACUCUCGUCGAACAAACUAAUAGUCGCCUUGUUCUCGUUCAUGCAUUCACACGAGAGAUAUUCGAUGGUCAUCAUGCAAUACUAGACAUGGACCUAGUUCUGAAUAUGAGCAGCGGCGUGAGUGACAGCGACUGGGAUCGUCUCUCACACAUCGCAGUCAACUACGAGAGCAUCGCUUAUAUCCUGUUCACCAGUGGAUCGACGGGCACACCGAAAGCGGCACAGUUUCGACAUCGAAAUUUCAUCGAAUGGACCCGAUCUUUUGUGGAGAUGGGCAUCUUUAACGACAGCGACACUGUUGUUCAGUCAGCUCGAUGUUCGUUCGAUAUUCAUCUCGAAGAGAUUCUUGGACCAUUGAUUGUGGGUGGAACAGUCGUCUUGUUGAAUCCGAAAGGUGUNUCUUUUGAUAAAUAUCAUCACAGAGACACCCUCUCUUUCCAGGCACAGUUUCGACAUCGAAAUUUCAUCGAAUGGACCCGAUCUUUUGUGGAGAUGGGCAUCUUUAACGACAGCGACACUGUUGUUCAGUCAGCUCGAUGUUCGUUCGAUAUUCAUCUCGAAGAGAUUCUUGGACCAUUGAUUGUGGGUGGAACAGUCGUCUUGUUGAAUCCGAAAGGUGUCAUGGACUUGGCGUAUUUUAUUGAUGUUCUUGUGCACAAGCAAAUCACCUACUUCAUUUGUGUGCCAAGUUUUCUCACCGCGUUAUGUAUAUAUCUGGACACACGCGUCGGCGAUCGAUGCUUGGAUCGAGUUCGAUCUCUGUGCUGUGGUGGUAAGUGGAAGAUGAUAAACAUCUUUUAG